AUGUAUUUAAUGCUUGGUACUAGACCAGAUCUUGCAUACAGUGUUGGUUAUUUGUCUAGAACUUUAGAUAAUCCCUCAAAAGAAGAUAUCGUCAGAGUAAAAAGAGUAUUAAGAUAUAUUGCUGGUACAAAAGAAUAUGGAAUUACUUAUACUGCUGACAAUAACUUAAAGUUCGAAUGCUACAGUGAUGCUGACUUUGGAGGCUGCUUAAAGACUGGUAGAUCGACAUCAGGAAUAGUAAUAAAAUACGCUGGUGCGGUAAUUUCAUGGAUAAGUCAAAGACAGCCGAUAGUAGCAACUUCUACAACAGAAGCUGAAAUUGUUGCUGCUACUGAAGCUACCAAAGAAAUGGUUAAAAAGGCUAUAUUCCGAGUUAAUUGGAUACAAAGAUGUUCCUGUAUUGCAAGUGGACAAUAA